AUGAUGGAUGGUCCUCAUAUGCCUAAAACCUGUGAAGUAUCUCUGCCCUACUGUCCAGACGGGGGGUUACUGUCGAGCGUCAAAGCCCCCCAAGUCAGUGGAGUCAGAGUUCAGCUGGAGAUGCAUGCACUUUGGCAGCAGUUUGACAAGCUGGGCACAGAGAUGAUUGUUACCAAAGCUGGAAGGAGGAUGUUUCCAACAUUCCAGGUUCAAAUCUCCGGGAUGGAUCCUACUGCUAAAUAUGUCCUGCUCAUGGACUUUAUCCCUGUUGACAAUAAAAGAUACAGAUAUGCGUUCCACAGCUCAUCCUGGUUGGUGGCAGGGCGAGCGGAUGUUGUAGCCCCUAGUAGGAUGCAUUUCCACGCAGACUCACCUGCCUGUGGAGCCCAGUGGAUGAAGCAGACUGUAUCCUUCGACACACUCAAGCUCACCAACAAUCUGCUGGAUGACAAUGGACAUAUGAUAUUGAACUCCAUGCAUCGCUACCAGCCGCGCUUCCAUGUGGUGUAUGUAGAUCCAGCUGCAAACAGUCACUUAAACGCAUACAGGAACUUCUGCUCUUUUUCUUUCCCUGAGACACGCUUCUUGGCCGUCACUGCCUAUCAGAACCACCGGAUCACCCAGCUAAAAAUUGCUAGCAACCCAUUUGCCAAAGGCUUCAGGACUACAAACCCCCAUGACAGAGUGGGUUACUCCGGACCUCUGACAAUGUGGUGUCCACCAGAGGGCAGAGCUGCACCCCUCACCAACAAACUUGGACAGCAGGGAAGCUGGGAUUCAAAUACUUCAAACAGACAGGAAGACCAAGCCCCACUGUUGGUGGAGCAGUGUGGACUGUUCCACCAUUGCAAAGACUCUGUGGGACUCUGUGGGAGGAAAGAUGGGAAUAAUGUAUUAGCACCUGCUUCCUUCAUUCCUAAUCCAUCUGUCUGGGAUUGUCCAUGAUCAUCUCAAGAGAGAGACAGUCUGUCAUAAAGAGAAGCAAACUGACUGAACUUGAGUUAAAUUUGAUCUACUGCUUGCUUCCUCAUUUUAUAUCAUACGUAAUUUGUUUAUAGUUUGUGGUCCAACUCACAUAAAUAAUUUAUAGGGAUGCUAUACAUUGUGUUUCAUCAUAAUUACUAUGUAUAUGGCAAUAUGAUAGAUGUACAGCAAUGAUGCCAUGUGCUAUAAAUAAUAUAUAGCAUACAGUAAGAGCACUUUGGCGUCAUAGUAAAGUACUAUACAUUACAGCAACAAUACAGUGGUGCUCCUACAAAAAACAAACUA